GGAGGGCGGAUUGUGAGUAUUAGUUCGUGCGGCUGUUGUGCCUGUGGCGGCGUGGCAACCUUAAGGGAGGUCUCCGAUGGCUUCGUGGGUUCCGGGCGUCUGUGCUUUAUUGGCCUUGCUGCUAGUUCCGGCUAGACUGGGGGGAAUCGUCGCUGAUGACAGCGACUGGGUUAAACUACCCAAUAAAUGCGAAGUUUGCAAGUAUGUUGCUGUGGAACUGAAGUCUGCCUUCGAUGAAACUGGCAAGACCAAGGAGAUGAUUGAUACAAAAUAUGGCUUUCUGGAUGGCAAAGGAUCCAAAAUCAAGUACACAAAAUCGGACAUUCGACUGAUUGAAGUGAUAGAAAACAUCUGCAAGAGACUAUUGGAGUACAAUUUGCACAAAGAAAGAUCAGGAAGCAACAGAUUUGCAAAGGGUAUGUCUGAGACAUUUGAAACUCUUCAUAACUUGGUGCACAAAGGAGUAAAAGUAGUGAUGGACAUUCCAUAUGACUUAUGGAAUGAAACCUCUGCAGAAGUGGCUGAUCUUAAGAAACAGUGUGAGACAAUGGUGGAAGAAUAUGAAGAUGUGAUUGAAGAUUGGUAUAAAAACCAUCAGCAAGAAGACAUUUCCCAGUUUCUAUGUGCAAAUCACGUGUUGAAAGGAAAGGACACCAGCUGUCUGGAAGAAAUGUGGACUGGGAAGAAAGGAGACAUGGCAAAUGCGGGGCAGAAGAUCAAGAAAAAGGAAGGCAAGGCAAAAAAGCCUUCAAAGAAUAAGAAACGCCCAAAGGCUGAUCAAGAAACAGGAAAUAUGCAACCAAGCACAUUAGAGACACCUGAUCAGACUGAAAAAGAAGAUGAUGGUCAGAAAGUGGCUUCACUUUCACACAGCACAGAUGAACUGUAGGAUCUUCAGAGGCAUGUUCCAUCCACUCUUGUCUUGUGGGUUUGCAAGCUUGUAUUUGGACCACUGAGAAUUGCUUUGGCCCAUGGGAGUUGCAAGAAGAUCCAUAUUGUUCUGAAGGGGAAAUGGAGAAAUGGGCAAUGAUCAUGAUCACUUGAAACCGAAUUCUUCAGUGUUACUACACCUCAACAAAGGCAAGGUACAGGAAGCCAGCUUGUUACUUGUAUUCUUUGGUGGACAGUCAAAUUAGAAGUGCUGUGGAAGAUGCAGUUGUGGUUUGCCUUUGGAAACUGAGUUUGCUGUCCUCAUUAAUUCCCUAGACCAUCACUUUUGACUUUAUCUUGCUGGAUAACAUUGGUGAAAGAAGCAUUAGAAAUGAAAAGGAAAGCAUAAACGAAGACACUCUGAUCCAGUGGCAGUUCAUUUUCCUGCAUUAUUCCUGGAUUUGGCUGUAACCUUCAGGUCUCUAACUUGUACAUUCUAUUAGAGUAUGAGAUGCAUUUAGUACUACCCUUCCUUAUUAAACAGAACAUUGUGUUUGUUUGGGAGGAAGUGAGAAUGAAGGUUCUGUCAGGAUAAAGGGCAUUGAGUUUCUCUUUUGUUUCUUUUUUAAAGUUCUUACAGCAAGGAAUUAGUUCUGCAGCCAUUUCAAUAAGAGGAGCAUUUACAGAUGUCUUUGUUGAUGCUUCCAAACCCCCAAAAUUUGUUUGUGGACAUGCUUACCAUUUCCUGAAGUUUUUUUAAAAAAAUAAAAAUGUAGG